UAACUUCCAAUAUUCUUUUGCCUGCUUUAGCAACAAAAAUUUUGGAUCAAUCCCUCAUCAGCUGUAAGGUCAAGCGAGAAGAGAGAGAGGGAAAAAUUAUCGUCAUGGCAGGAGAGGGAUCAUCGAGUUCAAGAUCCUUAGGUGAUCAAUCAGCUGCUGCUCCUAGCCGCUAUGAAUCCCAAAAGAGAAGAGAUUGGAACACUUUUGGUCAAUAUUUGAAGAAUCAAAGGCCUCCAGUUCCACUCUCCCAAUGUAAUAGCAGCCAUGUUCUCGAGUUCCUUCGAUACUUAGAUCAGUUUGGCAAGACUAAAGUUCACUUGCAAGGUUGCAUGUUUUAUGGCCAGCCUGAGCCACCUGCCCCAUGUACUUGUCCGCUUAGACAAGCUUGGGGCAGCCUCGAUGCCCUCAUCGGAAGGCUUCGCGCUGCCUAUGAAGAGAACGGAGGAUCCCCAGAAAGCAACCCCUUUGCUAGUGGUGCAAUAAGAGUUUAUCUUAGGGAAGUGAAGGAGUGCCAAGCUAAGGCAAGGGGAAUCCCAUAUAAGAAGAAAAAGAAGAAGACUUCCCCAUCAGGAGGCAAAGGAGAUGAUGAGUCAAGUUCAUCCUUGCCAUUCUCCUAAAUUCAAUCAAUGCUUUCAACAAAUGGACCAUGUUGGUUGAUGGAGUAGUGGACAAGUCCAACCGGGCACAUUCUAUUGAAGUUGCAAAAUAUCAAAAGCCAAAAAAAAAAAAGUUGAAAUAUAUCACUCAUCAAUUAUCAUUCACUACUGCAGUUCCCUUCUGUAUCCAAAGUUGCAGAUUAGUGAAAUCCAGUAAUGACUCAUUUUAGCGUGUUUUAGGAGCCGAUUCUUUUGCUGUUUUGUGGGUUCUCGGCCGGGCUCCCUUUGAGGCCAUGAAUUCUUGUAGAAGUGAGGCUUCGUGUUUGUAAAAUUGCUAUUACUCGUGGUAUAUAUUGCUUUCUUCACUCUUUUUUUU